AACACGUCAGGAUUUGCUUCACUGAGCAGUAGCUCCCCCCUCAACGUGAUUCCUGCUAAACGCCUAAACCCUUUUUUUUGCUUUUCACUCUCGCCUACAUCACUCAUGGCCCUAUAAAUCAACUCGGUCUCGUCUCCCAAAAUCCCACUUCAUCUCUUUUCCUCGUUUCCUUUGUUAUGCUCAUUUUCUCUGCAAAGAUGACAUUUUUACUCUCAUGUUUGGUUGCUUUCUCCUUUUUGUUAACUGGGUCUGCUGUGACUGGUAUAUACAUAAAAGAAGGGUUUCUCCAAAAUGGGAACUUUGAAGAGCAACCAAAGCCAAGUAGCCUCAAGAAGACAGUACUCCAAGGGAAAUACUCCUUACCCAAGUGGGAAAUCAAUGGAUUUGUUGAGUACAUCAAAGGUGGACCACAGCCUGGUGGGAUGUUCUUUCAAGUGGCUCAUGGAGUACAUGCUGUGAGACUAGGCAAUGAGGCCUCAAUUUCUCAGACCAUUUCAGUGAAACCUGGCGCUCUCUAUGCCCUAACAUUUGGGGCAUCAAGGACCUGUGCACAAGAUGAGGUGCUUAGAGUCUCAGUGCCUCCUCAAACUGGGGAUAUCCCUUUGCAGACGCUGUAUAGCAGCAAUGGUGGUGAUGUUAUUGCUUGGGGUUUUAGAGCUAAAUCUAAUGUUGUUACGGUGACAUUCCACAAUCCUGGUGUUCAAGAGGACCCUGCUUGUGGACCUCUCUUGGAUGCAGUUGCUAUCAAAGAAUUAUCCCCUCCAAUGCCCACAAGAGAUAACUUGGUCAAGAAUCCCAGCUUUGAAGAGGGUCCUUAUAGGCUAGUAAACGCCUCCAAUGGUGUCUUACUUCCUCCAAUGCAGGAAGAUCGCACAUCUCCCCUCCCUGGCUGGAUGAUCGUAUCGCUUAAAGCUGUAAAGUUCAUCGAUUCGCGGCACUUCAAUGUCCCCUCUGGGAAAGCUGCUGUUGAACUUGUGGGAGGCAGGGAAAGUGCUAUUGCCCAAAUUCUGAGGACUAUUGCCAACAAAUUCUACACCCUCACAUUCAGUGUAGGUGAUGCAAAGAAUGGGUGCCAUGGAGAUAUGUUGGUUGAUGCAUUUGCUGCUAAAGAUAACCUGAAAGUUCCCUACAAAUCCCAAGGGAAGGGUGAGUUUAAGACUGCCAGUUUCAAGUUCAAAGCUCUUUCAAACAGAACAACAAUUACAUUCACUAGUGCAGCAUACCAUACCAGGAUUGAUGACUUUGGAUCUCUCUGCGGUCCUGUGAUCGAUCAGGUUAUCGUUCGGCCUGUGGCUUAAAUGGUAUUUUGUUUGCUACCAGAUUAUGAGCUCGUGGUUCAUCUCUAGAGAUUCUGCAUUUGUCAUAUGAUCCAACUAUAUGGAGUCUUUGAUGUUUAUUAGUAUUGGUUUAGUAGGUGCAGUCAGUGGAGGCAACCUUUAUUCUUGAAAACUAAGGGAGAGCGGUGUAUUUUCUUAAUGGGAAAACCAUGUAUGUAUUGAUAAACAUGCAUUAUCUUUCUGUUUCAAAGAUUUGGCGAUGAUUGAUUACUGAUUCAGAUUACAA